AAAGCUUUUACAUGAACUGAGUAGUGCUCGUAAAAUCAGAAAAUUUAGCAAGAUGGCCGCAGUAAAGUUAGGUUCACAUUUAAAAGAAUUAAGAAUUCUUCUCUGUCAAACAUCAAAGUCUAGUCAAGGAGUUAGGGAAUUCAUCGAACAACAAUAUGUAUCAUUGAAGAAGAACAAUCCUUCGUUCCCAGUUUUAAUUAGAGAAUGCUCAGCAAUCGAACCAAAGCUUUAUGCUCGUUAUGAAUAUGGAAAAGAGAAAUGUGUACCUUUAUCAAAUCUGAAAUCAGAAGAUAUUCUCGGACAGAUAAAGCAACUUGCUAGUAGCUCGCCGUGAUAUUUUAGAUCAUGAUUACUGAAUAUAAAUUUUAAUUUAUUUAGUUGAUUAAAUACAUGUACAAAAAAUAUGUAAGUUACAAGAAAAUUAAACUGUUUUAAACACGCUAA